AUGAGUUCUGCGACUUCAGGUAAUUACUACUACUACUACUACUACUACUACUACUACUACUACUACUACUACUACUACUACUACUACUACUAUCUGAAAUUUUUUAACGCUGCACGACAACUAGACAAGAUGCACCUUAUCAAACUGUUUUCAGGCACUAAACAAUUACUUUACUCUCUCCAUCAAGGCUGCCGGGCGAUCCGAGGUGGGAGCCUCAGCUCUUUGUCCGAAUCUGCAAAAAUCCCCUCAGACAGCGGUCCGCAGUCUCCGUCAGCCACCACCAACAGUGACGCUUUUCUGUUUUCUAACCAGUUGGCACCUCCACCAUUGCCCAUUUUUCAAAUACCUUCGGAAACGGCUUCCUUCUUCAGCAGCCUCCCAGAGGAGCUGAACCAGUACCACCAGCACCAGCACCACCAACCUGACGCCUCCUCAUCACCGUCAAUGUCAAUACCAUCGAUAAAAACAGAGAUGUCCUCCUGGAUGCCUCCGCUCUCAUUUAUUCCCCAGGGAACACCCAGCUCAUCAGAAUGCCAUUUGAUGACUCUGCCGACUUUUGAGUACUCAUUUCCCGAAAGUCAUCUCAGUCGGUACAUGGCCGCAGCCGAUACCUUCGCCCAGGUCCUUCCAACCUCCGAGAUGGACUACUCGGCGUACAACGCGACUAGUUGCGCCAACGCGGCGUUUCAGCAGUCGACACCGCCACAGCCACCACCACCACCACCACAGCCGUUCCACGGAGAAGACUGGGUCGUAAAGCCCGAGGCGAACUCAGCCCUUGCUGGCGACGAAUUCUCAGGCCAUAGUUUCCAACAGUGGGAAGUGAUGCAGCAAGAAGCCCAGCCGGAGAUCCGUUUAUUGCCGCACCUAGGUGAUGCCCGCAACCGCGAAAUAGCGGCCACUAAUUCCUGCUCACCCAAAAUCCUUCAGCAACCGGGAGAUGGAGGUCGUGGAGUUGGAGAAGCCUGUACGAUUGCAACCUUUGCCUUCUUCCAGCCUAGUGGCAGCAGCCUGUCCCCAGCGAACUACACUCAGGCGCAAACUAGCACUUAUAGUGUGGAGGGCGCACAGUCCACGGACGUAUCCGAUGUCAGGACAGUCACCUCUGUCCAACACCCUCCUCCAACCUCAUUGUCCGCUUCCCAUCUCCAGCAUGAAUUGGAGCAGCCCUUCCUGGGUAUGUUGCUCUCCUUGGAUCAGGGCAGUCGUCAACAGCAGCUGCAAAUUGGGCUGUCACCCAGUCGACACCUGCCCCUGGGUCUGCCCGCUGUUGGGGAUCUUGGCUGCACUGGCGAAGCUGCAGGGGCCAGCACGGAAGUACCCGUUUCGGUGGGGAUGGCGGCUGGCGGAGACCCCCUGGGGAGGGGAAGUGCUGAUAAUGGGACUUGCUCCCUUAGCACAAACCAGGAGGGUUACUGGAAUGGUCAGCAGCAGGAGGAGGAGGAGGAGGGGACUAAAGCGCGUCGACUACCCUCCAUGGAACAGGUGUCUCAGGACACCUGCCAACCCACCUACGAUGACCUGCGAACUGACUGGUUCUCCCGGUCCAUAGCAUGGAAGACUGUGGGUUCUAGUUGA